AUGUCACUCUCGGAUGAAAUGGGAAUUUUCGAUGAUUUGGAUCCCCUUUCGAUCGGUUUUGUAGAAGAAGACUUGAAUCAGGAGGCCGGAAAUGAAAGGUUGGUCGAGCAGAAUGAGAACGCUGAUGAGGAGGAAAUAGAUAUCAGUGAGCUGGAGGAGAGGAUAUGGAAAGACAAGAUCUUGCUGAAAAAGCUCAAAGGAAAGCAGAAAUCUGGGGAUGCUGAUGAGGAAGAAUCUUCACAGCGGCAUCAAGAAGAAAAGGCGCGGAGAAAGCAGAUGUCGCACAUGCAUGACUCUAUGCUGAAGUCUAUGCUGAAGAUGAUGGAACUCUGCAACGCUCAAGGUUUUGUUUAUGGGAUCAUCUCAGAAAACGGAAAACCUGUCACCGGCGCUUCUGACAGUCUUCGCGCUUGGUGGAAGGAGACUGUGAGGUUUGAUCAAAACGCGCCUUUAGCAGUCGCCAAGUAUCAUCAGGCAGCAGAGGUUUCGGUUGGAAAGGAGGUGGAAAAUGGAGGAGCCAUUUCAUCAACUCCGCGCAGUUUGCAUUUGCUUCCGGAUUCUAUUCUAGGGUCACUUCUGUCGGCUCUCAUUCAGCACUGCGAUCCACCUCAACGACGGUUUCCUAUAGAGAAAGGCAUACCUCCACCGUGGUGGCCCAAUGGAACCGAAGAAUGGUGGCCAGAGUUAGGCCUGCCAAUGGAUCAAGGGACUUCUUCUCCUCCUCUUCCAUACAAAAAGCCUCAUGAUUUAAAGAAAGCAUGGAAAGUCGGUGUCCUGACCGCGGUCAUCAAGCACAUGUCUUCCGACAUCUCUAGGGUUCAUAGGCUCGUUCAACAGUCGAAAUGCCUACAGGAUAAGAUGACAGCCAAGGACAGCGCUACUUGGCUAGCGGCCCUUAAUCACGAGAAGGUUUUGGCGGCGCAAAAGCUUUCGCAGACAGCCUUAAAUGCCGACAACACCAGGAAUAAUGAACCUUCUUUUCCUGCACCUGAUUCCAGUGAGACUAACAAUAAUGGUGGAGAUUUCAACAGUCUAUUCUCAACGGCUGAAGACAGCGAGAUGGUUCCAUUAGACGGGAUUAAUAUUGGAAAUAAGCGGAAUAAUUCUUCAUCUGUAGUGGGAGACAUGGAAAUGAGAAAGUAUACCUGUCCGAAUCAACAUUGCCCUCACAGUUCCUAUGAUCAGGGGUUUGAAAACUGGACACUCAAAAUGAAUCAUCAGCUCUAUUGCAUUUAUGGAUCCGAUGCUAUUUCUCGAAGUCGUGGGAUAUCAUACAAUUAUCCGAUGAGUAAUAACCCUAACAUGGCCGCUACUCAGCCUACAACAUCAGCUUCUCAGGAUCCAUCGGGCUGGAGAACUCCUGAACUUGGGAUUUUACCCGAAGACGGCCAAAGGCAAAUAUCUCAGCUUAUGUCGACCUAUGACAACAGCUUUCAGACAACAAAUGCUGGUUUUAACUCUGGGAAUGUGACUUGUAUUGAGAAUCAAAACCUUCAACAGCCAAUAAUUUCUCAGGUAAAUCCGAAUGGAAAUGUGCGGGAUUCGGUGGGAAUUACGCUGCAAGAUGGAGCACAAGUAUCGCAAGAAACUACCAAUCCUCAGGGCCUGAUCCGCAACAAUGCUUUGCUCCCUUCGACUGGAUUUCUAGAUGAGGCUUCAACAUCAUCAGCAUACGAUUACUCCAUGGAUUCAUUCCCUUGGUAA